AUGCGAGAAGUCGACAAGAGGUAUACAGUUACGGGGCUUCAAUGCUCUACAAAAUUUUCUGGCUUGAAACGAACGUAUAAAAAUAUAUAUUAUCAGAACAAAAAGAGCGGUAACUCUAAUAGUAGUUGGGGUUUUUAUUCAGUGAUGGACUCGUUAAUUGGUGAGAAGGCUUAUAUAAAACCUUUAGCUGAAGCAUCAAGUGAAGGUCCAGCACCACCAAAACUAGUAGAUACAUCUUCAGCAUCUUCAUCUCCAUUGCUUCUUUCAAAAAAAUCACCAAAUGGACCUAAGAAAAGACGAGUUGAAAAUAUUCUAGAAAAUUUUAUUAAUGAUUUGAAGUGUGAAAAGGAAAAUGAUAAAAAACAGCGAGACGAAAAAAAGAAGAAAAGAGAAGAAGAAAGACAAGCAAGAUACCAAGAAAGAAAGAAAAAGCGCGAACAAAUGCAUAACGAUAACAUACAAAUACAAAAAUCGUUACUUGAUGUCAUGCGAACUUUAGCAAAUAAGAAAUAA